AUGAAUCAAUCAUCUAUGGAAAAAAAAAACAAUUUCUUAAAAGGAAUUGGAAACAAAGAAACUGCACGGGAAUUAUUGCAGAUUGUAAUGAACAAUUGUGAAAAAUUCCACUUUAAAAUUACCAUAAAAGACAAUAGGGAAAUAUUAGGCUCCUUAACUUAUGUAGAUAAAUAUUAUUUAUUCCUUACAAAUAGUGAGGAGCAUUAUAAAGGUAGCAAAAGUUAUAUACGAAAUUGCGGUGACAUUUUAAUCCCAUUACAUAUAAUUAAAAACAUUGAAAUUGAAAAAAGUUAUUUUGAUAGGUGUUAUGAACAAUUGGAAAAAGCAUAA